AAUUGGUGCUGAUGAAAUCCUUUUUUCACAACUAUAUCAGAAUCUCAGCAUCAGGAGGAACUAGUGCCAUCAAGAAAAGCAAACAUGGGUGGAGAAGAAUCAACGCCAGCACGAACGCCAGCACCGACGCCAGCAAGGACACCAUCACCACCACCACCACCAACCCCACCAAAGAAGGAAUUUGACAAUCAAUGGAGGGAAACAUGUUGGACUAAAGAAGAGAGAGACCACAUGGUGGAUGAACUGAGGAACUUUAAACUGAGUGAUCCUGAUGUGGGUCAGCUCAGAUGCCUGCUAUAUGGACCAGUAGGUGCAGGAAAGUCCAGCUUCAUCAACUCAGUCAACAAUGUCUUCCAAAAUCGGAUGACAAGUAGUGCCCUGGUAGCUUCUACCUCUGGCACAAGCUUCACCAUGACAUAUGACACACACUACAUUCAGGGCCGUUCAGGAGAAAAAUGUCUUCCCUUUGCAUUCAAUGAUGUCAUGGGUCUGGAAACACAAAAAAAUGGGUUGCACCCUGGUGACAUCAUCAAUGCUCUGAAGGGCCACCUACCAGAGGGCUAUGAGUUCAAUCCUUUACACCCAUUAUCGGACCAAAAGAACGAAUUCAUUCAGAAUCCCAGUUUAAGUGGCAAAACUCACUGCCUGGUGAGUAUUGUGUCAGCGGACAAACUCUCUAUCAUGUCAAAGGAGGUCAUAGACAAGAUGAGGAACAUCAGGGCAGAAGCCAGCAGACUGAAAAUCCCUCAAGUUGUUGUCAUGACCAUGCCAGACAAGGCUUGUGAGCUGGUGAACAAGGAUGUGACGAGAAUCUACUACAGCAAGGAGAUCAAAAAGAAGAUGCAGGAAUGCAGUAAUGAGCUAGGCGUUCCCAUGAACUGCAUCCUGCCGGUGAAGAACUACCACGAGGAGAAGAAGCUGGUUAACGACAUGGAUAUCCUGAUACUGGACGCCAUGACUCAGAUUAUGAACUUCGCCAACGACUACCUCUGGAAACUCCAACAACAUGCAAUUCAAAAAUAGAAUGAGUAUUAAGAGAUGAGUUAGUGAGCCCUGCAGUUUAAGAUUGGAAUAAAGUUCUUAAUUUCUAUAGUUUUGACAUUGUGGUGGUAUCAUUUUACUUCCAUGUAGAGGCCUAAAUGGGUUAUCUGCGGCUCUGGGAGAAAUGUAUUUUGAGUGAGUAUGCAUUUCGUGUGACAAGAAAAUCUUUAAAAUAAACUGAACAUUUCUGUGCAUAUAUGCUACUUUUUAACAUCAACACCCAACAGUGUACAAUUGUGUUAGAUAAACUAGCAUCCUUCACUGAAUUCUUUCGAUGACUAAAACUGAUUUUAAACCAUACUUUGUUUUACUGAUAUUGCUGUAACAUUAAUUUGAUGUGACAUUGUUGUAUCUCUUUUUGUAGCUUUUCUGCUUAAGUUGAGUUAAU